CUCACAGGAGCCUGGGGGCGGAGCCUGGGCGGAAGCGGAAGCUAGUAAGGAAAGGACUGAGUCUAGGUCGUUCGCAUGCGCCAUUCGUAAUGUUUACUUCCGCCCGGCCUAGUGAGGAGGUGAAGUUUGUGCACGUGUGAUGUGGUGCUCCGUGUUCUUCACAGAGGCUACCUUAACUGGUGGUUGGGGUGGACCUUAGAGGAGGAUGAGGGGAUUGGCGAUGGGGCUGUUCCCGCGGUUGGCGCUGUCAGUGUUGGCGGGCCGCGGCCCGUCUUGCAUUUUAGGGUCCGGAGCGGCGACGCGGAAGGACUGGCAAGCGAGGAACCGCCGUGGCUUCUCUGACUUCUACAUGCAGCCGUUGCCUGAUUCGGAUUCCGAGGAGUCGUCGCCCUCGUGGAUACCCAAGAAUCGAUCGGAGCCUAUACGUCACAUAGCAUGUAAGAAAUCGGCCAGGAACCUGGUACGAGACCUGCUGGAGAACCGAAACCCAUCCCGCCAACUUAUACUAGAGUGCAAUCCAGGUCCUGGAAUCCUGACUGAGACAUUACUUAAAGCUGGUGCCAGAGUGAUUGCCUUUGAAAGUGAAAAGACUUUUAUUCCACAUUUGGAGUCCUUAAAGAGGAAUAUGGAUGGAGAACUCCAAGUGGUCCACUGUGACUUCUUUAAAAUGGAUCCUAGAUAUCAGGAAGUAGUACGACCAGAUGUGAGUUCCCAGACCAUUUUUCAGAACCUGGGAAUAAAAGCAGUUCCUUGGUCAUCAGGUAUUCCUAUAAAAGUGUUUGGAAUCCUACCAAAUAAACAGGAAAGACGAAUACUUUGGAAAAUUCUGUUCGAUCUGUACUCCUGCACAUCUAUAUACAGAUAUGGACGAGUAGAACUGAAUAUGUUUAUUAGUGAAAAAGAAUUCCGGAAACUAAUAGCAACUCCUAAAAGGGCAGAUUUAUAUCAAGUGUUGGGUGUGCUCUGGCAAGUGGCUUGUGAUAUUAAGUUUCUGCACAUGGAGCCUUGGCCAUCAUUUAGUGUGUACACCGAAAAUGGGCACUUGGAAAAGUCAAAGCACGGGGAAUCAUUAAAUUUAAUAAAACAAAAUCUAUAUCUUGUUCGAAUGACUCCUCGUAGGACUUUAUUUACAGAAAACCUAAGUCCUUUGAACUAUGAUAUUUUUUUCCACUUGGUAAAGCAUUGCUUUGGGAAACGCAAUGCCCCAAUAAUACACCAUUUACGUUCACUGACUACUGUUGAUCCAGUUAAAAUACUGAGGCACAUAAGAAAGAACCCUGGAGACACAGCUGCUAAAAUGUAUCCUCACGACUUCAAAAGAAUGUUUGAAACUAUAGAGCGUUCGGAAGACUCUGUCUUUAAAUGGAUCUAUGACUACUGCUCGGAGGACAUCGAGCUCUAGGGAAAAAAACGUCUACAAACCAUGAAUGAGCUGGAGCUGUUUGUUCAUUAUUUUUAAAAUUAUGUGAUGAAUGAAAACUGAAUUUCAAGAAGUUCAUGUCCUUCUAACAGAAAAGAAACCAUCCUUGUCUGGCGCAAAAUUUCUUCUCAGGUUGAUACCUUUGAUACACAGGAAAAACAGUGGCUGCAGUGUUAUUCAAAGUUAAAUAAAACAAAAACUUCUCAGUUUGAUCAGAUCAAAUUUGCUUUGUUUUAAAUUACCCUCUGCUGUGCAUCAAUGGUAGAACACAUACCUAGUAUGUAUGAGGUUCUGGUUUUGCUUCCUAGCACAGGAAAUUUUUUAAAAAUUUCUAUUUACUGUAAAGACCCAUAAGUAUGGAGUAUUUCCAACUAUAAUUUAAUUUACUUAAAAGAAACAAAAAACCUUUGGGACAGACACCUUUAAAUACGCACCUUUCACGAUUGACAAUUGCCUGCAUCUUCCUCCAGUUUCUAUACUGUUAGGCUUAGAAAAUAAAUUGAUUUGGGCAGACAUGGUGGUGCAGGUCCUAGGACUUGUGAGGGAGAGGGCCCAUCAGUUUAAUACCAGUAUCAAAUAGAGCUGAUUUUUGAGCCCAGUUUGGGCUAAGAAAAGAUCCUGUCAAGCAAAACAAAACAGUAUAAACUUAUCUCAAAAAGUGAUUAGUUUAUCAUUUAUUAUGUGGAAGUGGAUUAUCAGGUACUAUGCAAUCCAGUUGUUUAAUUUUAAAUUGUAGUAUGUUUUAAAAUGUUUUGAGAAAUAAAGAAUUUGUAUAUAGUUUA